GCUAUUCGAUUAGCUAAUGCCAACUUCGAUACCGCUCAACACCGACCAAAUGCAAGAAAAGUCAUUGUGAUAAUCGCUUCUGCAUUCCAGAGUGGCAGACAAAACGACCCAGUUACUGCAGCGAGCACUUUCAAAGAAGAUGGAGGAGUCAUCAUUACCAUUGAAUAUGUACAAACGCAUGGAGCUCCUGUACCCAUGUUGGAUGUCCUCGCUAGUCCGGGCUAUGCGCUUACCAAUCGUUAUGGCAAGCUUCACGUUUGGAGCUUACACAAACUCUUCUGCAGAGAUUGCGUUGUUGCAAAUGUAUCGCAUCCUUGGAUAGCUCAAUUUACGAUAGAUCAGAAGGUAGACGUCUUGCCAAUGUAUGGUGUGACUUGCAGCUACAGUUAG